AUGGCAUCCGCCGCCAUUACAUCGUCGCCUGGCCAGCAACCGCCGGCUGACGGAGAGAUUCAACAACCAAGUGUUCCAGUGGCUGUAUCAGCUAGUAGUAGUGCAUGGCAUUCUUCAGGGUCUAUUGGCCCUUUCUUUGGAGUUAUUUCUGUUCUUGCAGUUCUAGCUAUUCUUUCUUGCUUUGUGGGUCGAAUAUGCAGCCGUCGGGCAGUGGCUCCUCCUCCGGACAACAUCAAGCAUAGAGGGUAUCUGGGGUGGAUGAAACGGAGGAGCCGGUGGUGCUGGGGUGGAGAUGUUGAGGUUGGAGCCAAUAAGGUGAUGGCUUUUGGUGGUGAUCAUCAAGCUAAAGAUGGCGAGGUUGAUCAGCAAUUACCCCCUACAGCUUGA